AUGAAAGAUGCUCAACUCAGAUACCCGAAAGCUGAAAGAACGUGCCUGGAAUUAGCCCAUGCAAUACAUAGAUUCAGACAUUAUUUGCUAUCUAACAGGGUCGUGCUUGUCUCCAAAGAUGAUCCCAUCAAGUUUUUACUCUCGAAACCUGCUUUGAUAGGAAGACCUGCAAAAUGGCUGCUUCAGAUGUCAGAGUUAGACAUAGUAUGUGUUUCUCACAAAGCAAUCAAAGGUCAAGCGGUAGCAGAUCUACUGGAUGCCUUUCCAUGGGAAGAUUCCACGACACUACAAGACGAUGUACCAGGUGAAUUCCCAGAAAUUUCAGUCGUCAAGGAAAAAACGUGGCUGUUGUACUUUGAUGGAUCUGCUACUCCUAGCAACGAUACUGGAGGAGCGGAAUACGAAGCCUUCUUGCUAGGAUUAUCCUUAGCUAAACAGGUAGGAGCGAUACAUCUGGAGAUCAGAGGAGAUUCAAAACUGCUGGUCAAUCAAAUAAAUGGGAUAUACUCUCUUAAGGAGAUAACGCUUGCUCCAUUCAGGGAUGAAGCGCAGCGAAUCCUAACCCAUUUCGCUGAUGCAACUGUCACUGACACUGGCCGGACCAACAAUAGACAUGCUGAUUGCUGGGCAACCCUCGCCUCCAAGUUGCAAUUCGAAGGGUCAGAGAAAGCUAUCAUAGUUCAGAGACGAGCUGUAUCAUCUAUGUGGCUUAAUCAAACUGAAGAUGCUCAAGCAAACGACUGGAAAGCACCUAUUAUUCAUGAACUGAGCAGUUCCGUUGCAGAAGGAACAUACAGCCUUAAAGAGCUAAAAAACUUCUUCCUGCUCCACGGGGCCUUAUACCAUCACAACCCUAAUGCCUCUAUAUCACGGUUCCUUGGCGAUGAAAAAGCAAAGGAAAGGCUCGAAAGUGUGCAUCAAGAAGUAUGUGGACAGACACUAGUGAUAACACUUUAUAGAAGACUUCAGAGACUCGGGUAUUACUGGCCCUCCAUGGAAGCGCAGUCAAGAACUUUGCAAGGAUCUUGUCCUAAUUGUCAGAAGCCUCCUCAUCAUUUAGAGGACCUGACACUUCAUCACACCGGGGACUGGAGGCGGCCUUACAUUGAAUACCUCCGAGACAACAAAUCACCACCAACAAAGAAAGAUGCAAUCAAACUCAUUCAGAAAGUUAAGAAAUUUGUCUUUCUUGACGGGAUCUUUCGAACAAUCCAUGAUAAUACACGAUCGUGGCAUGAGAAAUUACCCAUGGCUUUGUGGGAUUAUAGAACUGCACCAAGAAGCUCGAUUGGAACAUCACCGUAUUCACUCGUCUAUGGGGCUGAUACUAUACUCCCAGCUGAGAUAAAAAUUCCUUCAGCAAGGAUUGCAGAGACCAGUGGAAUAAGAUAG